AACUAUUUCGAUACUAACAAUUUUAUUUUUAACACUAGGUAUAAUCACAUCAAUGAACCAUUCGCUUGCUACUAUAGUCGUGCCUAUCCCGAGGUGGUUAUUGGUCGUUAUUCGUGGGAGAAUAAUCUUUAUCAUCUAAUAUUAUCGCUGAUAAUACCCACAGUAUUAUUUGCCAUAUCGAUUGGGGUCUUAAGCUAUUGGUAUUGUCCGUGUUGUGAUAAUGCCUGUAAUAAAUCAUCAAGGGUUUAUGCUGAAAAAUUCCCCACUAAGGAAGAGAUUGCAAACUGCAUGAAAUGUAAUCCGGAAAAAUCUAUUUCCCUGAAUAGUUAUGAAUUC